AUGGCGGGACUCUGUGGAAACUACAAUGGGAACACGAAAGAUGAAUUUAUCAAAGUAGAUAUGAAGCGAACUACAAAUGUCAACGAAUUUGGAAAUUCUUGGAAAGUUGGCCGAAGUUGCCCAAAUGAGCCUCCUCUUAAAGAUCCAUGUCUAACUGCUGGUAAUGUUGCUCAGGUGGCCAAGAAGAAGUGUCAGUUACUGAAGCAGCAACCAUUUGCCGUAUGUCAUAAUUCAGUCGUUCAGGAUGCUGGGUUUAUCAAAGAUUGUGAAUUUGAUGUUUGCGCAUGCAAUAAUCACCCUACGUCAUGUCUAUGUGAAGAAUUUGAUGCUUAUUCCACCUCGUGUUCUUUGGUUGGGAUUCCUAUCACCUGGAAGAAUCUUCCUCAGUUUUCUGAAUGUCGUAAGUACCCUCAUUGUGGCAUACAGUCACUGAAUAUUUCAUAA